GAUUUAUUUAUCUGUUUGUUUGUUGUUUUGUUGAUUGUAACUUGUAUGAUUGAUGAUGAAUCUACCACAUGCAAUACCAACAAACAUUUUCUGCAAAAAUUAUUCAUCCCCAUAAUUGUUAGUUCAAUUUAAUUAUACCCUUUGUAUCAAAUUAAUUAAUAAUAUGUGGAUUAAAAGACAAAAGAAAAGUCAUAGUCUAUCCGUUUACCCAGUUUUUUUGUCUUAAUAAAUUGAAUAAAAAAAUUAAAAAAUAGAGUUUUGUUACAAAAAGGCUGUAUAUUUGUCAUGGGUUUCUUUAAUUCUUAGCCGUCUGUUGAAUAAGUUGUUGUGUUCUUUGAUAAAAAUCAAAUUUAUCAAAUUAUCAAUCAAGUUUGAAAUUUUCCUUUCUUGAUUGGACUCAUAUUUGUUUGAAGAUUAUUGAAAGAGAGAGAAUAUGAGCUGUUUUGGCUGUUUCGGAGGAGGUGCAGAUCAUAGACCUGUAGAUAAUGGAGGUCGUUACAUGCCUCGAAAUAUGGCAGGGAGAGAUGGAAGUUAUCAGUUAGUCGAGAACGCACCAAGCAAGCCGCAAGUGAGUUUUCAGCCUAUAGCUGUCCCUCAAAUUUCCGUGGAUGAACUAAGGGAAGUUACAGAUAACUAUGGGUCUAAUGCUUUAAUAGGAGAAGGAUCAUAUGGUAGAGUAUAUUAUGGGAUGCUUAAAAAUGGUCGUGCCGCAGCAAUCAAAAAACUAGAUGCAAGCAAACAACCAGAUGAUGAAUUUUUGGCUCAGGUUUCUAUGGUUUCGAGGCUAAAACAUGAAAAUUUUGUUGAACUACUUGGUUAUUGUGUCGAUAACAACUCACGUAUUCUUGCCUAUGAGUUUGCUUCAAAUGGAUCUUUGCAUGAUAUCCUUCAUGGGAGGAAGGGUGUAAAAGGAGCACAGCCUGGACCUGUUUUAUCAUGGGCACAGCGGGUGAAAAUUGCAGUAGGUGCUGCAAGGGGACUUGAGUUCUUGCAUGAGAAGGCAAUUCCUCACAUUACUCACCGCGAUAUUAAGUCGAGUAACAUACUGAUCUUUGAUGAUGAUGUUGCUAAGAUUGGUGACUUUGAUUUGUCAAAUCAAGCACCAGACAUGGCUGCACGACUUCACUCUACUAGAGUUCUCGGAACUUUUGGGUAUCAUGCACCUGAGUAUGCAAUGACUGGGCAGCUGAACGCCAAGAGUGAUGUGUACAGCUUUGGGGUCGUCUUACUAGAGCUUCUCACUGGUCGUAAACCUGUGGAUCAUACCUUACCUCGUGGACAGCAAAGCCUUGUGACAUGGGCUACACCUAAACUUAUUGAAGACAAAGUGAAUCAGUGUGUCGACCCGAGACUCAAUGGAGAGUACCCUGCCAAGGCUGUCGCAAAGAUGGCUGCAGUUGCUGCACUGUGUGUACAGUACGAAGCUGAUUUCCGGCCAAACAUGAGCAUCGUCGUAAAGGCACUGCAACCAUUGCUGAACGCUGCUCGACACGCUCCCAGCCCUGUUGUUGCAAGCUCAUGAACAAUCUGACCGCUCCUCUUCCUCCACAUUUUUUAGUCUUAAGAUAUGGUUAUGGACUAUGGUUUUAGGUAAUGGAAGGUAUAAAGAGAAGUAAAUAUCUGGAAGAUGUAUAAAUUUCAGUUUUGUGCAGUGUUUUCAUUGGGUUGGAUAAGUUGUGAUGCAAUAAUUGGUUUUUUUUGUGUGGUCUAGACGUUGCCGUCACAUUAUUUCAAGCUAUAACCCAUUAUUCAUACAAUAAUUGUUUGAUGUAUCAUACAUAACCUUAUUCAUAUUAUGUGUAUACAAUAAUACAUUUCAAUUUUUCA